AUGGUCAAACAUUCAAGUCCACCUACAGAAGGAGAAAUUAAAAGUCAACUUGGCAAUGAAGUUUUAAACUCAUGGACACAAGACAAAGUCUCUGCUUGGUUAGAAGAAAGAGGUUGGGGACAGUUCGUGUCUACGUUUGAAAAGCACAGGAUAUGUGGUGUACGUUUCUUUCAAAUCACUUUGGCAGAAUUAGUGGAAUAUUUACCAAGAAGCAUAACAACUUAUUGCGAAAGACGGAGACUUUUAAAUGAAAUUCGAGCUCUUGUUCCCUUGGGAAAACCCAAACUCAACACACCCACCAACAUCUCCAUUAAUACCAAUCUUCAAGAUUACAAUAAGGGACAAGGAGUCACGACUCCCUUAGAAACAAGAGAUAGUGGCAUUGGUUAUCUUUCGUCACCUUCUUCCCCAACCACUUCCAUCAAGUCCUCCUCCUAUUCUCCCAAAGCAGCAUUUCACAAGAUCAAGAACUCGUUUCGUGCUUCCUCUCCACCCAUGAUUAGUCCACCCGCUAUCCCUGCCCGUAUCUCUUCCACACCCGACAAAAUAUCCAAGUUUUGGGCCGCUUAUCAUCACUGGUCUCCUAACAACAACAACAACGCCAAUAAAGAAAAGAAGCCCGCUCGUAUCCAGAUUACCGCAGAUAAAGAAGUUUGGUACAGUUUAAAUGUCUCGGAUGUAAGAGACCCCUUGACCAUCAAGCAACAUAUCCUUAGACGCAUGAACUUGGAAGGAGACUGUGACGGGUAUUACUACUUUCAUGAAAAUGGACCUGACCCAGAAACCCCCAUGGAUCCGCAAGAUAUCAUGUGUUUAUGUGCCAUGGCAGAUCAUUCUGCCUCUCAACGUAUUUUAGUGCGUCCCGUUUAUACUCACCUUACACCUGAACUAGGUAAAUCCCCUACAGGUAGUCCUAUUCGAUCACCCAAUUUUAGACCUUUAUGUCGUAAAGCUGCACGAAGGCCUUAUAAACAGAAAGGUAUCCAACUCUCGGACCCACCUCGUCCUUGUCCUUCACCCCCAUCACCACCACUACAACAACAACAGGAAGAUGUGGCGUUGUGGGCAGUAGCGCCACAGAAACUAUCACCUGUCCAUCGAGAAUACUGGGGUGAAAGACCACCUCCAGAAAUUGUAUUUAAACACAUGGAAGAUUAUUUUGAUAGUCAAGAUUUAGACAAGGAAGUUGUGGUGGUAGAUGAACCCGAUUCACGUAAACGAUUAACACAUACGAAAUCCAUCCGACUGGUAGCGCGUGAAGCGAGUCGAAAAUACAAUUCACAGCAGCAGCAGCAACAACAACAACAACAACAACAACAACAACAACAACAACAGGAGCGAAACAAAGUGGUGGUUCGACGCAAGAGUACCAAAUUAUGGGGACAGAAAGUGAUUGAGGUGAAAUCAUUACAGCGAUUACCCUCUGUAAGUGAACAUAUUCAAUUAUCGCAUACAGCGACCCAUGAUGAGAAUACGAUGAUGAAUCCAGUUCAGUGGAUUCGAGGCAAGUUGAUCGGGAAAGGAUCGUUUGGUCGUGUGUAUCUUGCUUUUAAUGUGGCAACGGGUGAAGUGAUUGCUGUGAAACAGGUGGAGAUACCCAAGACGGCUUCGGAUCUACUGGAUCAAGAUCAACAUGAUUGUGUUACCUCCUUGUAUGCGGAAAUCAUGAUGUUGCGUGAUUUAGACCAUGAAAAUAUCGUACAGUAUCUAGGGUAUGGUCAAGAUGAUGGUGAAGGUGUGGUGAAUAUUUUCUUGGAAUACGUGUCCGGUGGUAGUAUUGCAUCUCGGUUAGCCUUGCAUGGUGCAUUUGAUGAGCUUUUAACGGGUUAUUUUACACGACAGAUUGUGGCUGGAUUAGAGUAUUUGCAUUCAAAGGGUAUACUUCAUCGAGAUAUUAAGGCAGCUAAUAUCCUCGUAGAAGCAGACGGUAUUUGUAAAAUCUCCGAUUUUGGCUUAUCCAAGAAGAACGAUUAUGAUGAAGCGUAUGAUCAAAACUCGCGCAUGUCGUUACGAGGGUCUAUUUAUUGGAUGGCACCUGAGGUAGUGAAGAAUGAAGCGUAUAGUGCUAAAGUGGAUAUCUGGAGUUUAGGUUGUACCGUCAUUGAAAUGUUGACGGGUCAAAGACCUUGGAUCUCUCUGAAUCAAAUUGCUGCCCUGUAUAAUUUGGGAAGAUUGAAUACACCUACACUACCAGAGGAUAUUUCUGAUUGUACGAAAGAUUUUCUUACACAGUGCUUCAUCAUUGAUCCUACUAAACGACCUACCGCCGCGGAUUUAUUACAACAUCCAUUCUUGACGAAUCUAGACAAAUCCUUUCAAUUUAAGGAUUACAUGGAUAGGGGCAAAAUCUAA